AUGCUGUUCUUUGAGUCCAUUCGUGACAGGGCAGUCAAUACUUGGAACCAGGUGGUUGAAAAGAGUUCUGAUGGGAAACUCACCAAGGACCAGAAGUUCUGUUUGAAAUUCAGAUUACCUGAAGGAGAAGUCGUAAGUAAAGAGAUAGCCGCUGAAAUUGAUAUAACAUCGAAGCUUGUACCUGGAGUGCCCAAGAGAUCUUCCAAUAUCCCUCAAGGGAAGCUUUAUUUGACAGGUCACUUUUUAGUCUUCAAGGAUGCCUUUGACAGCCGCACGUGUUCCUUCAACAUACAUCUACUGACGGUAAGGAAGGUUGAGAGAUCCAAUUCUGACAUUUAUGGUUUAGCAUUGGAGAUCACCACGUUUAGUUCCACUGUUAUCACCAUCUUCUUACUUGGAAUGAGGUCUGAAUGUGAACGGUUUGCGUUGGAGCUACGGCUUCAAUUGAAGAAGAAUCUCAAGGAUGUUAAGAAGCUCGGCCCGUUCAUUCACACGUGCUAUUCGGAGUAUCUCUUAUCUAAAAAUAAAGUUAUCAAAGAGAAGUUUGAUAGUGUUCCCUCAGGUGGGUUGGGGCUCGUGUUCAAGUUCCCUGGCGAUGCUCGAGAGCUUAAGGACAAGUCCAAGAUGAAAUUAUGGUUUGACUACUUUCAAAGUGACGGAAGAAACCUCAGUAUAAUCAAAACCCCGAUGUUCUAUAAGUUGGUAAGAGUUGGGUUACCCAAUAGAUUGAGAGGUGAACUAUGGGAGGUUUGUAGUGGAUCCAUAUAUUUAAGAUACGAUAACGUUGGCGUGUAUCAUAAGUUAUUGGACGAUAACAAGGGGAGAACUUCGGUUGCCAUUGAAGAGAUUGAAAAGGAUUUGAAUAGAUCUUUACCUGAGUAUGCUGCCUAUCAAAGUCCCGAAGGUAUCAACAGAUUAAGAAACGUCCUCAGUGCUUAUUCCUGGAGAAAUCCAGAAUUAGGAUACUGUCAGGCUAUGAACAUUGUGGUGGCUGCGUUAUUAAUUUAUAUGUCUGAAGAACAAGCAUUCUGGACAUUGAAUUCCUUAUGUGAGACCAUUGUGCCUGGUUACUAUUCCAAGACCAUGUAUGGAACAUUAUUGGAUCAAAAAGUUUUUGAAUCAUUGGUACAACAGACUAUUCCCAUAUUAUGGGACCAUAUAGUGAAACACGACAUACAACUUUCAGUGGUUUCACUCCCCUGGUUUCUUUCAUUAUAUAUCAGUUCAAUGCCCUUGGUAUUUGCCUUCCGAAUCUUGGAUAUUUUCUUUCUACAAGGACCUAAGACGUUAUUCCAAGUGGCCUUGGCCAUAUUGAAAUUAAAUGGAGAAAAACUCUUGAAAUGUGAAGAUGAUGGAACUUUUAUAAUGGUUAUCAAAAACUAUUUCCAAACCUUACACUUAUCAGCUCAUGGAGAGUCUCCCCAUCCCAAGUUUAGACAAAUCACCAACUUCCAGGAAUUGCUAGUAACAGCGUUCAAAGAGUUUUCCAUUAUUACGGAUGAUAUGAUUGAUAAACAUAGAUCAAAGCAUAGAGGGGGUAUUUUCCAAAACAUUUCAACGUUUGUUAAACGUACAGAAAUCAGAAACUUACCAAAGACUCCUAAUUUAAACAGUGGUACACUUGAUAUUAUCUAUGAUAGAUUUUAUUCCGUUGUUGAAUCAUUAAGCCUCACCACAGGUGGUGGAAGUCUCAUGGAUUUCGAAGCAUUUAAAACUUUCAUGUCUGAAAUUUGUGUUUGGGCCCAGUUUGAUAAUCCAACCAAUAAUAACGAUGCAUUCUUGAAACGGUUAUUUAUCAAAUGGGAUAUCGAUGCCAGACAUGAACUUUCUUUAUCUGAUUUGGUCAGAGGGUUAAACACUUUAGUAGAACCAGAUCUAAUGACUGCCAUUAGUAAUUUCUUUGAGUUAUAUGACCCUAAGAAACGUGGGAAGUUGGAUAGAGAAGGCAUUUUGGAGAUCUCAGAAGAUUUACUAUAUUUGACUACUCCUUGGAAAGAUGGUUAUGUUCUUGAUCACUUGACGAAUGUGGCUAUUGAGAAUACCAUUGCUGAUGAAAUCAUCAAACAUAAAACCAUCAAUGGCAUUAAUGAUGUUGAAGAUGAAGAUAUCAAGUUACCGGAAACCUUCAACAUUGAUAGACAAAAGUUGGAACAAGCUCAAAUCGAACGGUAUUUGGCAGGUGCUAGUAAUUUCAUUCAAAGAGCUUUUGAAUAUGCUCAACCUGCAGAAGACGAUGAACAUCCAGAAGAAUUGUUGAUCAAAGAACUUGCUAUAGAUUCAGCCUUUUCGCAUAAUAAGGCCUUAAAUCCCAAUUCUCCAGUUACCGUUAACCUUCCAACUUUUCGAAUGGUUAUUUUGGCCGAUGAGACUUACGAAUUGUUCUUUAGCAAAACUUUUAGAGAAUCUGUCCAAGUAUCCAAACCUUUGGACUCGAAAUUCAAUCCCAUUAGGAACCUCAGAGAUAUGUUUGAUGGUCUUAUAGCUGAUGGCAGAGAGGUAGCCAACAAGGUUCGAAGAAGAAUGGAUUCUGCUGCUUCUAAUGCUCUUCUGCAAAUAAAUAAUAAUGGUGGCUAUGAAUCCAAGCCACCAAAGUCGAAACUUGGAGAAGGUGAAGAUGAUGAUGAAGAUGAUGAAGAUGAAGAAGAAAGAGAUGAUGAUUUUGGGGUCAUUUCCAUUGAUGAUAAAGACAGGGCACUUCUUUUAGGAGCUGAAGCUCAAGAUCUGCUGAUUAAAGUAUCAGAAUCAAAAUCUGGAUCUUCAACGACUGCAAAUUCAACUUCAACUUCUGCUUCAACUGAUGCACCACCAACAUCAUCAACUUCAACUGAUGCUCAAACAAAGAGAAUGCUGUUCAUUGCUACAAAGAGCGAUACCAAUUUAAUUGAUUUCGAGGUUUAA